AUGUCAGAACUGACAAGAGAAGAGUUGGAAGAGGUCCGCGAGGUUUUCGAUCUGUUUGAUUUCUGGGACGGAAGAGAUGGUUUGAUUGAUGCUGUCAAAGUCGGUGACCUACUGAGAUGCGUCGAGCUCAACCCAACAUUGGCACUGGUGAAGUCCUGGGGUGGCACAGACAGACCAGGAGAGAAGCAAUACUCAUUUGAAGAAUUCCUGGCCAUCUACAAACAGACAAAGAACGUCAAGGAAUGGGGGACUUUCAGAGACUUUGUGGAAGCCUUCAAAUCCUAUGACAGGGAAGGCCAAGGCUACAUCAGCGCUGCAGAAAUGAGACAUCUUUUGACAGCCAUGGGAGAGCGUCUGAGCGAUGAACAAGUUGAUGAAAUCAUCAAGCUGACAGAUAUCUAUAUUGACUUGGAAGGCAAUGUAAAAUAUGAUGAUUUUAUCAACAAAGUUUUGGCAGGCCCGAAGAUGUAA